AUGGAGCAAAACAUGGCCACAGCGUCCACCACAGACGACCAAAUCUCCUGCAGCUUCUGUUUGGAGAUCUUCACUGAUCCGCGCGUACUUCCGUGUGGACACACGUUUUGUUUGACGUGUCUCCAAAAUCACAUCGACGCCAACAACACAGAUGAUGCCUUCAUGUGUCCAAACUGCAGGGACGUGGUCGGUAUCUCUGACAACAAACAACCUACAUCGUCCUGGGCUUCACAGUUCAAACGAAAUCUGGCACUCGUGGACGCCAUUGGUCUCAUCAAACAAUUUAAAAUAUGUGAGUUAAAAAUAGAACUUGUUGACCUAAUGAAGAUGCAAACUUUCAGCAGCCUUCCUCGAUUAGUCUUUGUGGUGGUACAACAGGGAUGA